CCCCUCUCUCCUCUCUCCCCACUCUGUCUUGUUGCCAUGUUCUUCCUUCAUUCUAGAGAGAGAAAGUAGAGAGAGAUAGAGUUUGUGAAACAUGGUGAAUGACUUCAUGGUUUGUGUUGAUCGGAUUAUAGCAUCGGCAUGCUUCGAUUCGGUUAAUCAGAGAGAAAGACUCCGUGAAGAAGUAGUAGUAGUCACUGAGAACAAUGCGAGUUCUCUGAACAAUAAUGGAGUGGUUGAUGUGAUCAAGAACAUUAACAGUGAUGGUGGAGGUGAGGGUUGUUCAAAAAUUGUAAGAGAGUGUAGAAUUUGUCAGGAAGAAGAUGAAGAGCAUGAGAUGGAAGCUCCUUGUGCCUGUAGUGGCACUCUAAAGUUUGCUCAUAGGAAAUGUAUUCAAAAAUGGUGCAACAAAAAAGGAGAUAUCACCUGUGAAAUCUGCAAUCAGGUCUAUUCGCCAAAUUAUACUCUUCCACUGGCAAGAAGCGACCCUGAUGUUAUGGCAAUUGAUAUCAGGCAAGCAUGGGGACAACACAUUAAUCUUCGGGAUUCUCAUUUUCUGGCUUUAGCUGCUGUUGAGCGUCAGUUCCUGCAAUCGGAGUAUGAGGACUAUGCUGUCACAAAUAACGGCAGCAUUGCCUGUUUCUGCUCCGUAGUUAUCGUUUUAAUGUCAAUCUUGCUUAUACGUCAACUUCUCUUUGUCACAAGAGAUUUUAGGAUGGUGCUGGAGUCAUCAACUUUCUUCAAUUUCCAGGUUUCCAUUCUUCAGCUUGCUGGUUUUCUUCUCCCAUGCUAUGUGAUGGCACGCUCAUGGUGCAUAAUACAAAGCCGAAGGAGGAGGCAGGGCUAAGUAAGAAGCCAUCGUCGCAUAUCCAUCGCACUCUACUCUUCCCCAAUACAGGCACGCUAAUUGUCAAUGCUCUCCCAUAGGCAAGCUCUUUCGUCUAUGGCUUCACUUGAGUUGUAUUUCAAUUAAAAGGUGUCAUGACUCUUGCGAAAUUCAGUACAGUAUAUUCUAGUACCUCCCCAAGCUACCUAUGAACUCGAAAGCAAAUGUAAAUGUGAAAAUCGAGUUCGCUAGGCUUUUUUA